AUUAAAAAAAAAAAAGUAAAAAUAAAUAUUAAUAAUAAUCAAUCUGAAUAAAUUGUGUUUAAAACUUUAUUAUGAAUGCAUAAUAAGUAAAUAACAAAAUUUUUACUCUUUUGAAUUAUAUUAUCUUUUUUUCUAUUCAAAAUUAGAAAAUUUUCACUUUACCAUUUAUUCGUUCAACUAUUAUGUUCGACUAUUAUUUUCUUGUUUGUUUAAUUUGAUCCUACAAUUUUUUUAUUUUUUUUCCUCAGUGAAUUUGAUAAAAUUAGCAUACCAUCCGAAAGUAAAAUAAUAAUAGUAAAUAAGAAAGAAUUGGACCAAAAAAACCUUUUUCUAAUAAUUUUAGGAAACAAAAAUAAGGAUAUUACCGUCGAAAUGCACCCAAUUUCGACGCCUUUCACAAGAAACCUAACAUACAUCGGUCCUCUCUUUAGAAGGUUAAAGAAUAAAUAAAAAGCGCUUCAAAAACACAAAACCAGAAGAAACCCUAGGGAAAAAAAAAUAAAUAAAAAUUCAGAGCUCUCAAUCUCAUGGGAAGUGCUGAUAACAAUCGGGAACCAUGUCCCGAUCGUAUUCUCGACGAUAUCGGUGGCGCUUUCGGAAUGGGAGCUGUUGGCAGCUCCGCUUAUUACUUCCUCGGGGGUCUCCGCAACUCCCCUAGUGGUGCUCGGUUUGCUGGCGGCUGCCAAGCCGUCAGGAUGAAUGCGCCUCGUACCGGCGGCAGGUUCGCUGUCUGGGGUGGCUUAUUCUCGAUUUUUGAUUGCACCUUGGUUUACCUACGCCAAAAGGAAGAUCCUUGGAACUCCAUCAUAGCCGCUGCUGCUAGUGGCGGCUUGCUUCAGAUGCGUCAGGGUUUCCGUGGGGCGGCUUGCUCGGCUGCUGUUGGUGGUGCUCUGUUGGCUUUGAUAGAAGGGGCUGGAAUCAUGUUCAAUAAGUUAGCUGAACAAAAUCAACGAGUUAUUGUUGAAGAGCCGCAGCCAAAUCUGCCUGGCUUCCCUGGAUAUGCGGGGCAGCCAGGUCCUGAAGAGACAUUGUCAACUGGUUCUUCUUCUGGCUCAUGGUUUGGUGGGUGGUUCGGUGGUGGAAAGAAGAAAGAGUCUCAAGUAUCAUCAAGUAGUGGAAGCGAAACCAAGAUUUUGGAGAGUUUUGACACACCCCCUGUGCCAAGUUUUGAGUUUAAGUGAUUUUUUUUGGUGAAAUAUAUAUAUAUGUAUAUGAUUUUGAUUAAAACAAAUCAAUUCCAAAGUUAUUUAUUCUUAGAAGAGGUGAGGUUUUGAGAAUUGGGGAAUUAGUAAAUUUGAGGUUUUAUUCUUUUACUAUUGUCUUAGAAACCUACUAAUUACUGCAAUUUUUUUUAAUAUAUAAUUAUUUAUGACUAGAAUAA